UCCCCGGCUGCGGGGAAGUCUCCCGCCCUCCGUAGGCAGGCCGCUGCGUCCUCUUUCUCGCCGCUCUCGCUGCCCUGACUCCGCAUGGACGAUGGGAGCCCCGGCAGGGACCUGCAGCGGCCGUCUCCUGCCGUUCCCGGCGCGCCCCGGCCUGAUGCAACGCCGGCUGCGAGCGCCGAGGCUUCCUGGCCCGGCCGGGUGGUGCUGUGCCUGUGCGUGGGGGGCUUCCUGGAUUUCUUUGGUGUCAGCAUGGUAGUCCCCUUAUUAAGCCUUCAUAUCAAGUCUUUGGGAGCAAGCCCAACAGUGGCAGGUGUGGUAGGAUCUUUAUAUGGAGUUCUGCAGCUAUUUUCCAGCACCUUGGUGGGAUCUUGGAGUGAUGUAGUAGGAAGACCAUAUUGCUUACUUUCCUGCAUUCUCUUCAGUGCAUUGGGUUAUUUUGUGCUUGGCAUGUCCACAAAUGUGUUUUUAUUUGCUGUUGCCAGGGUUAUUGUUGGGAUUUUUAAACACACACACUCUGUUUCAAAAGUUCUCAUUUCUGACUUGGUUUCCGAGAGAGAGCGACUUCUCGUAAUAGGACGCUUCAACGCAGCCUCCAAUUUUGGAUUCAUUCUGGGACCAGUGGUUGGAGGCUACCUUACUGAACUAGAGGGUGGCUUUUACAUGACAGCCUUCAUCUGUGCUUCAAUUUUCAUCUUGAAUGCUGGAGUUUGCUGGAUGCUGCUAUCAUAUGAAGAAAACAUACAUGGUAAUAAAUGGAUCAGUAGUAACAAAGGAAGAUCCAGUCUCUCCACAGAAGUAAAACAAAGCCUCCAGAUCAAACCUGUGUCUUGUGAAGCCGCAAAGCUUAGAAGUGUUCUUACCAGAUCCUCUUGUACUGCAGUUGUAUCUACGCUGAAGAAUCUUGGCACCGUUGCAAGUUCUGAUCUGUGGGAUAUCUUUCUUGUACGACUGCUGAUGUCUAUUGCAGUAAUGCUAUACCAUAGCAACUUUGUAUUGGCACUUGAAGAAAGAUUUGGGAUGAAGCCUAAGCUCACUGGCUACCUGAUAAGCUACAGCAGCAUGCUUGGAGUAGUUGCAGGCUUUCUGCUCGGACCAAUCGCAAGACUGUAUCAGCGCAAUAACUAUGCCAUUUUACUGCGAUCCACCAUCCUCACUUGCUUGUUGUUAAUGCUCUAUUCAUUAUCAGCGAGUGUAUGGACAGUGAUCUUGUCCUCCACUGUUUUAGCAUUCUCAACCACUGUUGGACGUACGUGCAUUACUGACCUUGAGCUGACUCUGGGUGGGAACCAGGCCAGUGGCAUGCUCAUAGGCAUUGGUCAAUCUGUGUCCGCAGUGGGUCGCAUAGUUGCACCUCUUCUCUCAGGAGUUGCCCAAGAGUUCAGUCCCUGUGGGCCCCCUAGUCUUGGAGUUGUGUUGGGAUUUAUUGCUGUGCUGAUCAUGUUUUUCAGUCGACCACAAUAUUGUAGCAGUAGGAGCUCCAAACUGAAAACUGCAUAAUGGACUGUUUGUUGUACACUUGAAUGAAUGGUCAAGCAUUGGAGAAAAAUGAGGAUAUGGUAUUAAGGAUUUGAAACAUUGAAGUUCCAAUUAAUGCUUUUAGGAAAUACCUUGCAAAGUCAUGUAUGUCUAGUUAUUUGCUGACCCAUCAAUUGUCCAGUUUUAAAGUGAGGCUUGUACAGUUAUAGAAUGUCACAGCCUGUAGAGCAGAGAAGGUUAUCAAGCACUGCUGUAGCAUUUUUAGAAAAGGAGUUGACCGUGUGAAUAGACCUUUCUCCAAAUGUUUGAUACCACAAGUAGUUAAAGAGUUACUGCACUUGUGCACUUACCAGUAUACCUAAUGUUGGGGAAUGGAGCUGAUGAGGUGAACCUCUGAUCUGGACGUAAAAUAUGAGAGAGAUCCUGGAGAAGGGCACAGGUGCCUGACACUUCAAUUUGCAUAUGUUUUCUUCUUGCUUCCAUCCUUGCUUUGAUGUUAGCAUUGUAUGCUAUACUGGAGUGCAAAUGGGUCUUUUUUGGGACCCAGCAGCCUUGGAGGUCAUAAAGCUCUUGUGCUGCUCCUUCCCUUCCUUUUACUUGGGUUGGUUGUGCAAAGUUCUGUGUCCCAAAAGCCUUGUAGGUGUCCCCUUAUACUUGCCCUGGAGAAGCUGUGCGGGAAGGAGGAUUUUCCAGCACCUGCAGCAAAGAGCCUUGGGAAAGUUUGGGGCCAACAUGCCCUCUCUUCCACUGAACACAAGCCAACACGUUCGCUUUCAAGAGUAUUCAGUUCGCUUGGUUUAUCAAGAUGGUGAGUACCAUUCAUCUGGCAAGCAGGAACAAGGAUUUUGAAUGAAGUAUUGUAUAGCAUGACAUGAUGUUGCUGCUAUUGAAAUUAAAAUUAGGUAGAUUAGAUAUAACCUUGCUGAUAAUAACUAACACAACAUUCAGAAUUGCAAAAGUGCUGUUCCAUUUGUCUUUGCUUUGAGAAAAUGAACAAACUGAGCUUUUUUUAAAAAAUAGAUGCUUUAGGAAAAUCCCACUUCUCCUACCACAGAUCUGCUGCUUGGUUUAAUCAACUACAUUUGGAAUGCAAUAAAAUUAAGUUUUGACUCUUGUUCUGUUAAAAUGAACUUCAGCACAGGGCUGCACAACUGUGACCCACCAAGUUGAAUGUAGGCAACCAACUUCAUGUUGCACCUGCAAGGUGUAUGGCAGUGCACCCCUGAAUUUGAAAUGCAAGGCAGACAACAAAAACUAGAGGAUUAUUGACUCCUUGGUAGGCUGUUUUCAACUUGAUAGAUCCCACAUCGAUGAGGUCUGCCUGAACAAAAAGAAUGUGUUAUAUAAAAUGAAUGUUGCCUUUACUAAAUGGACAAUAUAGAAUAAGUCACAUACCUCUUAAAGUCAUUUCUGUAAUUCUAAGCACACUGCAUUGAAUCCAAUGGGAAGCAUCUACUGACAUAAGGGAGUGACUUUUCACCACCACCACCUGACAUAGCUCCAACUCCCCCUCUUCCAUGUUGUUCCUGGGGGGUCCCCUGUUUCCCAAGAGCAAGAUUUCUGAGGAGAUUUGGGGCUGCAAUGGGAAGCAGAGAAAUCCCAGUCUGCUGAUGGAAAUGCCUUCAGUCUGAAUAUUUUGCUCAGGAUCUAACCCAUGAAAUUGGAGAUGUUCCAUCAAAACCAGUGAAGUUUAGGGCCAAGCAGUACUUUGCCCACAAAUGCUUGCAACCAGUACCUGUUUUUGGAAGCUUUUGGGAAGAACUUCAGUUAGGAAACUAGUUAAUUUUACUCCCCGGUAAGUAUGCAUGGGAAACCCUUGAAGGUAAAUACAGCAUUCAACUGCUUACAACCCAAAACAGAAAGAUACAAAGCUGCUUAUAAAUCAGCCAAAUUGAGAAAAUCUAAUUAGAUUGUUUAUACUAUGUAUAAUAAACAUUGAAGAGGGACUAUGUUUUGUUCUGUAUGUAUGUUUUUGAGUAUUUGGGACGAAGGCCAGUAAAACUGUGGUCUCAGGGACUCUUUUUUAAAGAAAAAAGUAGUUCAAACUAGCUUUGAAUUGUUUUAUACUGAGUGUCAUCCCUUAAUUGCACUACAGUGUUUUAAAUGGGAAAUAAAAAAAGGAUGCCCACUUA